UCUGUAAAUGAGUGCUGCCUCUCUGUCCCCCUGAGCAGAUCAGCAUUGCUCUUCCUGUGCCAAAUGUUUGUUUGUUAGUAAACUAUGCUCUAUGUUUCUGCCUGUCCCAGACCAGAAAGGUUUAAAGGUAUCUUACUUCCUGUGUCUAAUGUAGGUCUCUUUGCCUUUCCCACUACUCCUGGAUUGGUCUGUUCAGAUGAUCUCUCCAGUCGUAUGCUAAAAGUGACUAAACGAAUGAUUGAAGACUGUGGGAAAAGAGGAACUACCAUGGCAGAAAGGAGGCAGCUGUUUGCAGAAAUGCGCGCUCAAGACCUGGAUCGCAUCCGUUUAUCCACCUACAGAACAGCAUGCAAACUUCGAUUUGUACAGAAGAAAUGCAACUUGCAUCUAGUGGAUAUUUGGAAUGUAAUAGAAGCGCUGCGGGAAAAUUCAUUGAACAACUUGGAUCCAAACAUAGAGCUGAAUGUGGCUCGACUUGAAGCUGUACUGUCCACCGUUUUUUAUCAACUCAACAAACGCAUGCCAACAACCCACCAGAUCAACGUAGAGCAGUCCAUCAGCCUAUUGCUUAACUUCUUGCUGGCAGCUUUUGAUCCGGAAGGACAUGGAAAAAUUUCUGUAUUUGCAAUCAAAAUGGCCCUGGCAACACUUUGUGGAGGAAAGAUCAUGGAUAAAUUAAGAUAUAUAUUCUCAAUGAUUUCAGACACCAGUGGUGUAAUGGUGUAUGGACGAUAUGACAUGUUUCUGCGAGAAGUCCUUAAACUGCCCACUGCAGUCUUUGAAGGUCCUUCUUUUGGUUACACAGAGCAGUCAGCAAAAUCCUGCUUUUCUCAACAGAAAAAAGUUACACUGAAUGCUUUCUUGGAUACACUUAUGUCUGAUCCUCCACCACAAUGUCUGGUCUGGCUACCACUUCUGCAUCGAUUGGCAAAUGUUGAGAAUGUCUUCCACCCUGUUGAGUGUUCCUACUGUCAUAGUGAGAGCAUGAUGGGAUUCCGCUAUCGAUGCCAGCAGUGUCACAAUUACCAGCUCUGUCAAGAUUGCUUCUGGAGGGGACAUGCCAGUGGUUCCCAUAGCAACCAGCACCAAAUGAAAGAAUACACGUCAUGGAAAUCACCUGCUAAGAAGCUAACAAAUGCACUUAGCAAGUCUUUAAGCUGUGCUUCCAGUCGUGAACCUUUGCACCCAAUGUUCCCUGACCAGCCAGAAAAACCUCUAAACUUGGCUCAUAUCGUGCCUCCCAGACCAGUCACCAGCAUGAAUGACACAUUGUUCUCCCACUCUGUUCCCUCAGGAAGCCCUUUCACAAACAGAAGUUGUCCUGUCUCAUUAACUAGCUCUCCUUACAAGAAUAAUGAAGUAGAGCAGAACAAAUUGCUGGCUAGGGCUGCUCCAGCUUUUUUGAAAGGCAAAGGGUUACAGUAUAGCCUCGAUGUUGCAGACAGGCUGGCUGAUGAACAUGUUCUCAUUGGGUUGUAUGUCAACAUGCUCCAGAACAACCCCUCACGAAUUUAUUCUGAGGAGAAAUCCUUGUUGGACAAGCAACAUCAAAUAAAAAUGCAUUUGCUUGACAGUCCAAAUCGUCUAGAUGAAGAGCACAGACUGAUCGCCAGGUAUGCAGCAAGGCUGGCAGCAGAGACUACUUCUUCACAGCCACAGCAGCAGCCUCAGCAGAGAGGUGCUCCAGAUAUCUCAUUCUCUAUCGAUGCAAAUAAGCAACAACGACAGCUUAUUCAGGAGCUUGAAAACAAAAACAGAGAAAUCUUACAAGAGAUUCAUAGGUUGCGACUUGAACAUGAACAAGCAUCUCAGCCCACCCCUGAGAAGGCAGCACAGAAUCCUACUCUCCUGGCAGAACUUCGGCUCCUGAGACAGAGGAAGGAUGAGUUGGAACAAAGGAUGUCUGCUCUUCAGGAAAGCCGGAGAGAACUCAUGGUUCAAUUGGAAGGCCUCAUGAAACUGCUCAAGGAAGAAGAAUUGAAGCAGGGAACACAAGGGGCAGGCUCCCCUCGCUCAUCUCCCAGUCACACGAUCAGUCGGCCUAUUCCUAUGCCCAUGCGAUCUUCAUCCGCCUGCUCGACUCCGGCCCACACACCUCAGGACUCUCUGACAGGUGUGGGAGGAGAUGUGCAGGAAGCUUUUGCACAAGGUACAAGAAGAAAUUUAAGAAAUGACCUGCUGGUAGCAGCAGAUUCAAUCACCAACACUAUGUCUUCUCUGGUGAAAGAGCUAAACUCAGAAGUUGGAAGUGAAACAGAGAGCAAUGUGGAUUCUGAAUUUGGUCGAACUCAUUUCGAUGACCUUGUUCCAUCACCAACUUCUGAAAAGGCUUUCCUUGCGCAGAUCCAUGCCCGGAAGCCAGGAUACCUGCACAGUUCAGCUGCCACUGGGACCAUGCGUAGUGAUAUGGUAACAGAAGAUGGAGACCCUUACGUUAGAGCAGAUGAUGAGAAUUAUGAAAAUGAUUCUGUCCGCCAGCUAGAGAAUGAGCUCAAGAUGGAGGAGUAUUUGAAACAAAAGCUGAAGGACGAAGCUUAUCAGGUCAGCUUGCAAGGAUGAGUAACUCUCCUUGUAUCACUUCCCCUCAAAGCAUCAUGCAGUGGCUUCCAUCAGAUUUCUGUAAAAUAUUUCUUGACAGGAAAGCUGCAGUCAAAUGGACAACGAAAGUGAUGUAAGAACUGAGGAGGAGUAGAACUGCACUCAGACUGAUGAUAGAGAUAGCCUGGCUGCAGGCUUCAUAGAAGAAAUGAAACAACCCCAUGUGCAGCAUCUCUGACAUAAGAUAACCAACUAGAUCUGAAGACUGUAGCACAGUACUUUUGUUCUACAAGUUGUAGUUUGUAGGUGUUUGUUUUGAAGAAGAAGAAAAAAGAUUUUUAUUUAAAGCUAACUUGUAACAGCUACAUCUUAUAUAACAUGGCUCAUCACUGGUGAAGAACACAGGCUGAAAAAUACUGCUGCUACAAUUAACAGCAGUACUAAUAAAACACAAGCCCUGGGCACAUAAUGUUCAACCUGUUCAGUUUACAAAGACAAUAUUAAUACUGUUUAUAUUAGGAGUUUGAUUUCUGAAUAGUUUGAGAUUUUAGAACUCUUUCCUACACGCUGUACAUUGUUUUUCCACAGUGGAAAUUUUAAAAGCUACAAUGAUGCAUUUAACACUGAAUGAAUAUACUCCUGAGUGUACAUAUUUAUAGCCCAAAAGCUAAAUAUUAGACUAUGGUUGCAAUUCUGAACCCAGUUGCUUGUGCUGAAAUGUCUUUGGAUAUUAGUGGGACUUAAGUGCACACAACCAGAUACAGGACUGCAGCCUUAGAUUGCAAUUUGUUCUACAGUCUUUCUGCAAAAAACAAAACAAAACAAAACAGACUUGUACAAAAUGCACUAAAAGUAUCUCUAUGACUUAGGGCUACUACAUAACUUAGGAAUGUUUUCUUUCAAAGUAAUCUAACAAAUCAGCCAUAGAAGUUAGUGUAAAUAUUUUCUUUCCAAAUAGAUAACAUAUACAAAAGGCAACAUUCAAAUAAUAUAGAAUCUAGUUUUUAAAAUCAGCACAGAUCUUCUUAAAACUGUGAACUAUGUUAUAAAGCUGUUUAUAAACCACAGGUGCCAUAAAAACCCUGAACUAAUGUUAUGUAUAAUCUUUCAUAGUAUUAUUUUAUUGAUGUUUUAGAACUUUAGUAAGCAUGUGUUCUUUCACACUUCUUCACUCUUCAUAUCCUGUUUGUUGAGGCCUUCAGCUUUAAAUGUACAGGCUUUAAAAGUGCGCUUGCAACUAUUUUCUUUUAUUUCUGAAUGUGCAUUGCCUUAGCCAGCCACCAGAUGUUCUGCAUGCAUUCUUUGAAAUGUGUUGUGAGACUUUUUUCAGGGCUGAAUGGGGAUAUUAGCUAUCUAUGAAAAGCACAGGGGGGAGGAGUGUCCUAAAAAGAUGUAUAAUUGCAGUGAUAGCCCUUGAAUUAAUUCUUACCAUCCAAUUUUGAAUACAACACUGAGAAAAUAGAUCAUGGGCCUCUGCUUCCAUCAGGAUUAUAAAAAGGGGGAGAAUGUUGCAAUGAUUUUCUCAGCUUUUGCUAUGCAGUGAAUUAGCUAGUGACAGCUAACAUCAGUGAUAUUUAAAUAGGAAGAAAAUGGUAUGCAGUCUAGAAAUUGCCAGAGUUCCAUUAAGGUUUUUUUAGUACAUGGUACAACAAUGCUACAAUCAGGCAUCAGUUUUGUUAAUCCAGAGUUUUAUAGAAAAAAUACACUGCUAUUAAAAUGGUUUUGCCUAAAGGACUUGCAUACAGUUUGUCCAAGUUAGAAGUUUAAUUUACCUGUUGAUUCUAUAAAGGGAUAAGAACUAGAUAACAAUUUUAAGAUUAAAUGGUUACUACUAGUCUUCACAUUUGCACAAAAUCAUUGCUACCACUGACCAUCUUCCUCCUUGUGUCUAUAGGUAAUCAAAUCACAAAAUUCAGGCAACAGCAAAAAGUAAAAUAUGUUUACAUAGAUACAUUCCCCAAUCCUACAUUUGCAAUAACUAAUCAUUACUCCUGUAAUAUCUACCAAUCUGAUAUGGUGGGUACUAUAUAUAACCUUUGACAGCUUACCUCUCCUAUACCCUUUUCUCAGGAACUGGUUAGCCUCUACUAGUGCCUAGCACUAAUCAAGUUAAAACUACAAGUAAAUUGGCAAAUCUUGCUUACACCUCAGGACUCCAACCAGGUAUUUCCUGAAAAAAGAGGCAAAAUGGACUAGAACAUAGCUAUAUCUGAAUGAUUCAAAUUCAGCCAGUUGGAGUGAUAACCUUGUUGCUUUAACACAAACUUUCUUUAUGCACCAACAUUACAUGUGAGAUCCAUGCAUGGAUUUAACCAUAGCAAGAUCUGUAUAGCAUUAUUAUUGUCUACACAAACCUAGCACCAUUCUCUCAGCACUGGUUUCAGCACAGAAUCCCCAAGCAGAGCUCUAGGUGGCCUCUGUACUCUGGAACUCAAAGAUGAAGCACUUUUUUAUUUGCCUCUCCAAAACCAAAAUCUAGUUUUACUAUAUUACCCAGCUGUUAAGCUGGCAAUGGCUCAGCAACAGCAAUGCUUUCCCCUGAUUUCCCUCCAACAUGUGGCGGAAAAGUUGGAGAGUGCCGCUCUUCCAACACAUUCAAUCUCCAGAACUGCCAGACAUUCAUGUACAAGCAUAACAGUUGAAUUAAAGUACACAUGUGUAAAAUGUCACAGAUUUUGAUCCAGGUCUCAUGGUCAAUCCCCAGGUUUUAUUUGGGAUGUCAAAAAUGCUGCUGAGGCAUUGGAGAGUUGCAGUUUAUGUGUGCACCCUAUUCAAACAAGCACGGAUGUGGAUGUCUGGUGGGACAGGUAUGUCUAGGGGGGUGGCACAGAAAUGUGUGAUCUCCCAUACAGGGAGACACAUGUAAGAAUGGUUAGGUAAAGCUUGUGUCUGAACUGGACCUAAGUUUUAGCCCACUCAGUCCAUGUCUGUUUUUGUUAACCUUGGUUUGGAUUGUGAACUUUAAAGUUACAGAAAUGGUUGAACUGGCCUUUUAUGUAUGGCCAAACACUGCAACCAAAAAUUCAUUGUCGAUUGUCAGUGGAAAGGUAGUUAGAAGGAAGGAAUCAGAAUGUGAAGAUGAAUAGGAUUCUUGAAUGUUGAAACAAAAGAUGGAGGAUAGAGACUCUGUAAGUAGUAAUGUUAAUUAAAAACCGCAUUAAAAGGUGUGUGGCCUUUGUUGUGAUAAUAUGUAUUUUCUUAUAUGCAUGAGACAAAAAUGUUGCAUCAUUAUUUAGCACAGAUGUCUGCCUUUACUCAUUUUCUCAAAUUCUUAUAAGUUUUUUUUAAUUGCUGUAGAUAUAUAUAUAGUAAAUACUGCAACUUCAGGUUGCAACAGUUAGGUUGGUUCAAAUCAGUGCAAGUUGCCUUGGAUGGCAAGCACUCCACUGUGUCCUGAGAAGAGAGGGCAUUUUUACUUGCGAACCAAAAAUGUAUGAAGAGUUACAUCUUGAGGUUACUAACUGUCUGAUGUUUUUAACUGCUGUUAUUUCUCACCAGUCCAGACAGACACACAUUACAAAUUUUACAUUAUUCAUCGGUAUUGUAAACAAAUAUUAUUGUAUGGGGGUUUUUUGUAUUGCUGUUAAGUAUCGUUUUGUGUGUGUAUGUGUGUUCAAACCUACUGGGGACAUGUUAUAUUUUGAAGUGAUUAAACUAUUUAAUUGUGUGUCUAUAUUUUGGAAUGGAAUUAUUUCUUCAUUAAAAAAAGAAUUUUUAAAAGUAA